AGGCCCCACUGUUGAACGCUCUGUGAUUUGAGACAAAUGUAGCAUUCUGCAGCAUGAUGGCCGUCACGUUGUUAUGACAAGAGAUACGUCAAACUGAUAACAUUCUUUGGAAGAGACUGGACCGGCGUCUAUUUUCCGAUUUCGUUUCGGUAAUUAAAUAAUUGUUCCUCAUCUCUUCAUGUACACACAGACAAUAAAAAUGCCGGUCCAGAAGGAUUCAAACAUUGUGAAAAUCGCUGUCAAAAUGACGGAUCAAGUGCCGCAACUCAUCGAAUUUAAUCAAAAGCACCCACUAACUGGAAUCAUUCAGGAACUAUGCAACGGAUGGGGCCUCUCAGACCCUGAUUCAUAUUCAUUACAAUUUCAUGACACUAACAAUUAUAUCACAGAGAAGAAUCGUAAUGAAGUGAAGAAUGGCAGUAUUCUAAGAUUGGAAUUUUCUCCUUCUAAAACAGCCAGUGACAUUUUGGUCAAGCUUAAUAAUGGAACGAUGGAGGAGAAAAAUAUAGCUCUGCAAAAGUUGAGCACACUCAGUACAGAUAUGACUUUUGCAUUAGAAUUUAUAAAUAAGCAAGGAUUAGCCUUGAUUAUAUCACAGGUGGAAGGAAAGAAAUACGAAGGCAGUGCACUUGCAUAUUCACUUCAAUCGUUUGUAGAACUCAUGGAUCAUGGUAUUGUUUCAUGGGACAUAUUGGAAACUCCUUUUAUUAAUAAGGUAGCAAGCUAUGUGAACAACCAGGCUGUAAAUCAAGAUAAUAGUGUUACCGAAGCUUCACUUAGCAUCCUUGAAAAUAUAGUACUCAAUUCCUCUGGAAAAUAUGGACAAGUUGAGAAAGAAGUAACUUUUCCUAACUUAGUGAUGCAUCUGCAAAGUAUUCGUCCACAAAUACAACAAAAUGCAAUAGCACUGAUAAAUGCCUUAUUCUUAAAGGCUGAUUUAUCGAAACGCAGAGCGGUUGCCGCGACUCUUCAAUCGAAACAUGUUAGAAAUGUUUUUUUAACCAAAAUCAUACAGUCCACUGGUCAGAUUGGUGCAGAAAUGGCGCAUCAGUUGUAUGUAUUACAAACGUUAAUGUUAAGUCUAUGGGAACAGCGAAUGAUGACAAAAAUGGAUCCUCAGGAUCAAGAUGGACACGAUAAAAUUAAAGAACUUAGAAGAAUUGCCUUUGAUACUGAAGGAGCAAUUGGCGGAGACGUGACUGCUCGUAAACAGGGUCUCUAUGCUAAAGAUUACAAAAAAUUGGGGUUUAAGUAUGACAUUAAUCCUGCUCUGGACUUCACUGAAGCUCCACCUGGAAUGCUUGCUUUAGACUGUAUGAUAUAUUUCGCACGUAAUCACACUGAAGCUUAUACUAAAGUUGUGCUUGAGAAUUCAUGCAGGGCAGAUGAACACGAGUGUCCGUUUGGUAGGACAAGUGUGGAGCUUGUUAAACUACUUUGUGAGGUGUUACGUAUUGGAGAGGCACCUAGUGAACAAGGCCAAUCAUAUCAUCCCAUGUUUUUUACUCAUGAUCAUCCAUUCGAGGAGUUUUAUUGUGUGUGCAUAGUUCUUUUGAACAAAACUUGGAAGGAGAUGAGAGCCACUAUCGAAGAUUUUGUGAAAGUAUUUUCUGUUGUAAGGGAGCAGGUCACUAGAGCGCUUCAGAGUAAACCCACAGGGUUGGAUAAAUUUAAAACCAAGCUACAACAAUUAACAUAUUCAACAAUUACCAAUCUUUGGCAACAAGAAAGAACUAGUAGGGAAGAGUGGGAAAGUCAUGCAAGACCAAUAGUUGAAUUGAGGGAACAAAUCACACCUGAAAUUCUAGACCUCAUUCAACAACAACGCCUAGGUUUCUUGGUAGAAGGCACUAGAUUCAUGAAGUAUAGUGCCAGAGGACAGAGAAUCAAAGAUAAAUUUUGGUAUGUUCGACUAUCGCCCAAUCAUAAAGUAUUUCAUUAUGGAGACUGUGAUGAGAAAUCAGUGCCAACGAUUGACGAGCUGCCUACAAAAUUAGCUGUCGUUGAAAUUCGGGGUUUAUUGACUGGAAGAGAUUGUCCUCAUAUGAAAGAUUUGCAACGACGAAAAACGACUCAUCAGUUAGCUUUCUCCUUAAGUUUGGACUCUGUUGACGUUUCAAGUUUAGACUUCGUUGCUCCCGACGAACAGGUCUUCGAUUAUUGGACGGAUGGCAUUAAUGCCUUAUUAGGCAACAGAAUGACCAGUAAAGAGGCAGAAGAUGAUUUGGAAACAUUAUUGUCCAUGGAUAUUAAAUUGAGCCUUUUAGACGCAGAAGGAAUUGACAUUCCUCAGGAUCCGCCUGCCAUUCCUGAUCCACCACCAAAUUACGAUUUCUGCUAUGAACUGAAAUGAAAAAUUUCACUUGUGUUCGAUAAUUACUAUAACGAUUGACACGGGCAUGUACAUAUAAGCCCGAAUAUCUGCCAAAAUUAAGGCUAUAAUAUUUUAUUCUAAACCACAAUUUUUAUACCAAUUGA